UCCUCAUUGUAAUUCUUGUGAAGGAAAAAAAAAUUCAAUUUGUCGGGUGACCCUUGUUUGGAAUUAAAUUAUUAAACCAUUUUCUCUUUCUAAUUAAUGAUGUGUGACAAUUGACUACUGACUUUGGUGUUAUUUUCUUAGUUUUGGAUAAAUUUAUGACAUUGUUCUUUCGUUUUUCCAGCCUUAUCUUUAGUACAUUUGUGGGAACGUCCUUGGCCUUCGCAUGUUUCUCAGGAGCAGCUUUGGUUGCAAGGCGUAGGGAGUACUUGUACCUUGGUGGCUUGGUUUCUUCGGGGUUGUCUAUCCUCCUCUGGUUGCACUUUGCUUCUUCCAUUUUUGGAGGAUCAACUGCUCUCUUUAAGUUUGAGUUGUAUUUUGGGCUUUUGGUGUUCGUGGGUUACAUUGUAGUAGACACCCAAGAAAUAGUUGAGAGGGCACACUUCGGAGACCUGGACUAUGUAAAGCAUGCCCUUACCUUGUUUACUGAUUUGAUUGCAGUUUUUGUCCGGAUUCUUGUUAUUAUGUUGAAGAACUCAGCUGAGAGGAGUGAGAAGAAGAAAAAGAGAAGAGAUUGAUUUUCUUAUCAAUCAGCUUGGUUAACACUUCUCGCUUGGUUUGUAAUACAUAAAACAAUUGUCUAAAAAGUGUUUCACUUCUUGGGUCUGUUUCUACUGUGUAGUUAGUCGGUUGUUUACUUUAAUACCAAUAGUAAAUGUUAACAUGCUUUUGAGCUCUCUAAUAAGAGAAAUUCUUGCAUUAUCUUUAUUUUUUUAAGGAUGAAAAGGGUGAGACUUGAGAGGGAGUGAAAUAGAAUGAAUGGUGAAAAUCCCUCACGGCAAUAUGAGAAGUCUUCUUAGGGAAGAAGUCAUCAUCAACACAAUUUUUGAACACAUUAUUCGGUGAAGUUAAUUCAAGACUCGACAAAUCAAAGAGUUUGACUAUCUAUUUACCA